UGUGUCAACUGUCAUGUUGCCUAAUGUCAUUCUUAAAAACAUCGCUGCGUACGAUCAGUGUUUAAAACAGUAAUGAUUUCUACGUAUAAAUAAUUAUUUACAGCACGUUCACAGUCAUUUUCGACAAUCAUUUUAACAAACGGUUUUUAAGAUUGUACGAGUUCUAACGCCAAACUAUGCAUAACAUAACAUAACCUAUUAAUAAACGGUUGGUGAGCCGUACACAAAAACAUUUGUUCGAUCGUACAAAAGAAGAGAAGAGAAUUCUAAAAUUUUCAAUUUGUUUUUCGCAUUAUCUUGUUCGAGCAACACAAAAUGAAUUCAAUACCUCCAACAAAACCUCCAAGGGGUAUCAAACCAACCAAAGAAACUAGUGGCUUAUUAAUUUCUGUGAUUCGUGCUCUCUCAGCAAGCGAAACUAAUGAACAACGAGAAAUAGAAAAGGCUAAACUUGAAAAAGAAUAUAAAAAGAGCGAUCAACGACUUGACGAGUUGGUAUCGUUACAUGAUCAAGAUCUUGCACAAGUUAUGCAAAUAUUUAGUGCUUUAUCGGAAAAGGUGACCGCCUCGCGGGAGAAAAUUCAUGCGGUCAAAGAGAAUUUGAACGCUUGUAAACAAUUACUGAGAUGCAAACGAGAGGAGUUAUUAAAUUUGUGGUUAGAAGGGAUCGAACACAAGCAUGUGCUACUUCUCCUGAAAGAUGUAACACCUGAUUCUUGUACUCGAAUGUUGCCUAUAACGGACGCAGACGCAUUGUCGGUAUCAACGCCAUACAAUACAGUGUCAGAUUGAUAAUUAUAUUUGCUCGUAAACUGUAAUUUAAUUGUUUUGUAUUUACGUGUAAUAAAAAUUGGAAAUAAAAUAUAAUGAAUUUAGA